AUGGUCCAAUCCCUCGUAUUUCUGGCUAUGCUGGCAAUGCCAGUUAUGCCAAUGCCUACGGAUACUUCUAGAAUUAUUGGCGGAACCUAUGCAAAGCCGGGUGAUAUCACUCAUAUUGUGGGAAUGCAGUACAAUGACACCCAAGGUUGCGGAGCUUCAUUGUUGAGUGAAAAAGUUGCAAUCACUGCAGCUCAUUGCAUUGUUGAAUCAAAAAUAACUGUUCGUGCGGGAUCUGUGUAUAUUUUUUCCGGGGGGACCCGGGUCUCAGUAGAAUCUUUUAAGAUACACCCAGAGUACGAUAAUGAUACUCUUGUUGCCGACCUUGCCCUACUGUACUUGAAAGACCCUAUUCCUGAGCAACCAGGACUUGUUAGUUACAUCAAGCUACCAAAACAAGGCAGUGAUCCUAAGGGUAACACAAAACUGAUUGUAGCAGGCUGGGGCAAAAUAGCAGACAAUAACAACACUGACUCUGCUUUUUUGAAAUAUACAACAGUCCCUGUUGUAGAUCGCAAGACUUGCAGGAAACUUUAUUCAAUAAAUCACGAUGAUGCAAAGAUCUUCGAUGACAUGAUCUGUGCAUUUAAGGAUGGAGAAGGCUCAUGCAAUGGGGAUAGUGGAGGGCCAUUGUUUGAUCGGGUAGCCAAUGAGUUGAUUGGAAUUGUGUCUUGGGGUCGUGAGUGUUCAAAGAAUGGAAUUGGAGGAAUAUAUGUCCGAGUAGGAACAUAUGUUGACUGGAUCAAGCAGAAUAGCAAGCCUCCAAAGAUUAGUUUCUAG